CCCUCAUAUUGAAAUGGGACUUGAUGGCGUGGAAAUUUUCACUAACUCUUCAGGGAGCCACCAUGUGCUGCGAAAGGCUCACACCCGGGUGGAUUUGGUGAAUUCUGCCACAGCAAAGAAUGGUGGAAUAUAUAUUUUAGCUAACCAGAAAGGCUGUGAUGGUGAUCGUCUGUAUUAUGAUGGCUGUGCCAUGAUUUCAAUGAAUGGAGAAACAGUUGCACAAGGAUCCCAGUUUUCACUCGAUGAUGUGGAGGUGCUGGUUGCCACUCUGGACUUGGAAGAUGUUCGAAGUUACAGAGCAGAGAUUUCAUCUCGUAACUUAGCGGCAAGUAAAGUGAAUCCUUAUCCCAGGGUAAAAGUGAAUUUUGCUCUGUCAUGUUCUGAUGAUGUAGCUGUACCUACUUGUAUGCCAGUCCAGUGGAGACAUCAUACUCCGGAGGAGGAGAUCAGCCUUGGUCCUGCAUGUUGGCUUUGGGACUAUUUAAGGCGCAGCAAACAGGCAGGGUUUCUCCUCCCUCUUAGUGGUGGAAUUGACAGCUCUGCUACAGCUUGCGUAGUAUACUCUAUGUGUCACCAGGUUUGCCUGGCAGUCAAGAACGGAAAUGCAGAUGUACUGGCUGAUGUGCGCAAGAUUGUGAAUGAUGAGACCUACGUCCCUGAGGAUCCUCGAGAAUUUUGCAAGCGUAUCUUUACCACUUGCUAUAUGGCUAGUGAGAACUCCUCCCAGGAUACUUGCAACAGGGCUAAACUUCUGGCUGAGCAAAUAGGCAGCUAUCACAUCAAUCUGAACAUAGAUGUGGCUGUGAAAGCUAUUGUGGGAAUCUUCAGCAUGGUGACAGGUCGAACGCCUCGGUUUUCUGUCUACGGAGGGAGCAGCAGAGAAAACCUGGCACUCCAGAAUGUGCAGGCUAGAAUAAGAAUGGUCCUUGCCUACCUGUUUGCUCAGCUGACACUUUGGACUCGUGGAAUACCAGGAGGACUUCUGGUGUUAGGAUCAGCCAAUGUGGAUGAAAGUCUCCGAGGUUACUUGACGAAGUAUGAUUGCUCAAGUGCUGAUAUCAAUCCCAUUGGUGGAAUCAGCAAGACUGAUUUGAAGAACUUCAUACAAUAUUGCAUUGAAAAUUUUCAGCUCACAGCCCUCAGAAGUAUCAUGUCAGCUCCACCCACUGCAGAGUUAGAGCCCCUGGUGGAUGGACAAGUGGCUCAAACUGAUGAGGCAGAUAUGGGGAUGACAUAUGCAGAGCUCUCAAUCUAUGGCAAAUUACGAAAAAUUGCAAAGGCUGGACCGUACAGUAUGUUCUGUAAGCUGAUUCAUAUGUGGAAGGAAAUUUGUACUCCAAGAGAGGUGGCAUCAAAGGUUAAGCAUUUCUUCAGGAUGUAUUCAAUUAACAGACAUAAAAUGACCACCCUCACUCCUUCCUACCAUGCUGAAAACUACAGUCCAGAUGACAACCGAUUUGACCUGAGGCCUUUCCUUUAUAACACCACGUGGUCCUGGCAAUUUAGGUGUAUAGAUAAACAGGUAUCCAAGCUAGAAGAAAAGGAAGGAAUUUCUCUAGUUGAAGACGUGGACUGAUUUGCUGUCUUGUUUAACUGUGGUAAUUAAUUUGCUAAGCAGAAUGUUCAAAACUGGAGUAUACUGUGAUGAUGAGCAGAGAUGACCCAAACAAUUG